AUGAACUCUAUUUUUAAGCCCUUCCUUCGUCAUUUUGUCCUAGUUUUCUUCGAUGAUAUUUUGGUCUAUGGUCACUCUUGGCCAGACCACCUUGAUCAUUUGUCCCAAGUUUUUGACCUUCUCCGCCAGAACUCACUUGUUGUCAAAUGUUCCAAAUGCCAAUUUGGACAAACUUCCAUUGACUACCUCGGCCAUAUAAUUUCUUCCAAGGGCUUACAGGUUGAUUCUGCCAAAAUUCAGGCCAUUGAAUCCUCGCCUCCUCCUUCUUCGGUCAAAGAUGUGCGAGAUUUCUUGGGGCUCACGGGAUAUUAUCGCCGCUUUGUCAAAAGCUAUGCUCAAUUGGCUUCCCUAUUAACUGAUAUUUUAAAGAAGGAUGCUUUCAAAUGGUCCGACUUGGAAUCUAAAGCUUUCUUGCAAUAG